AUGACGCACUACGGCGCAGGCGACAGUUUCGGAUCUCCCAACUGCAACACCAACACUGCCGCCUGUUUCUUCUACACCUACCCAGGCUUCAGCGCAGCCGUGAGCCAGAACCUGUAUGGCGUCGGUCCCGGUGCCGGUCAGGGUCCAGCAUGCGGUACAUGCUGGAAGCUUGUGGGCGAAACUGACUCAUCCGGGAACGCGCUCAGUAAUGCCGGAACCAGCAUCGUCGUUAUGGUCAACAACUUGUGCCCGGCUGAUGGGAAUCCGCUCUGUGCCCAGGACGGUCUGUCAGGCACCAACCAGUACGGAGCCAACGUGAACUUUGAUCUUUGCAGCGACAGUGGUGCUUCCGAGGCCUUUUUUGGAAACAGUGGUGUUGGUCUUGCAGUUGGAUCGGCCACCCAGGUUGAUUGUUCAGAGUGGUCUGGCACCAUUGUCCACUGA